UACUCUCACUGGCAGUGAAACGCAGUGAGAGUACCAUGGAUCAAACCUCUCUUGGACUGAGCUCGCAGUUUAGCUGGAGAUACAGUGAAGAUCUACAGCAGGAGGUAAUGGAGUUCAGCAGUUGUUCACCCCUGAGCCAACAGUCAGACCGCUGUAAGGCAGCAGACACCCUGAGGGUCAACAUUAACGGUAGUGUUUUCACUGUGGAUAAAGCCAUUGUAGCUGACAACUGUGAGUACUUCAGAGCAUUGUUCCAGUCAGGAAUGAGAGACUGCAGACAGGAGGAGAUCCAGCUGCAAUGUGUGGGCGUUCUGGGGUUUGCAGUCUUGUUGCAGGUUCUGGACGGAAAACAACCCAUGCUCAACAGUGACCAGCUUGUGGAAGCAAUAGAGUGCACAGCUUUUCUACAGGUACCAGCUCUCACCAAGCACUUGAUCAAUAUUAUCAGUUCUGAAAACUGCUUACUCAUGUACCACACAGCUGCAACCUACGGAGUGUUGGACCUGUUCCACAAUUCAGCCUUAUUCAUCAGGGACAUGUACGCUGACCUGAGGGAGGAUGUUCGCACCUUACCCUGCCAGUUGGUAGACUACAUCGAGUCUCUCCUCCCAAGUAGCUACAUGGCAAUGUGCAGUCACUCUCCAUCCACAGAGCUGCUGCAGGACGUCCAGAGGACAGUCUGCUACCUGGAUGAAGAACACAGAGAGUGGAGGGUCCUGACACACCUGCCUGUGUGCACCAGCACCACAAUGGCAGGCGUAGCCGUCCUUGACAACAAACUGUACAUUAUUGGAGGAGUGCGUGAUGUAAGUAAGAAGGUGGUAGAGAAUGGAUUCUGUUACAACCCUGCAGCUAACUCAUGGUCAACCAUCUGUGGCCCCAAGCAGCUACGCUACAAUUUCACUUUAAUUGGUCAUGAGGGCUGCUUGUAUGCUGUAGGAGGGGAGUACAAUAUGAUAGCUCUAUCGUCUGUAGAGAAAUAUGGGCUGUUUGAUAGGAACUGGAGCUUCGUCUCUCCCCUCCCCUGUCCUGCAGCCUCAGUGGUGUCUGCUGUAGCUAUGAGCAGAAUCUUUAUAUGUCUCUGGAGAGGGAGUGGGGCCACAGAUAUACACGAGUACGUGCCUGAACAUGGCCGCUGGCUUCUGGUCACUACACUCAUACGCCAGCACAGUUAUGCUAUUUAUAUGGUGGCCCAUAAGGAUAAUUUGUAUGUCUUGCGCAAUGGACCUUGUGAUGACUUCUUACUGUGUUUAAUGGACUGUUACAAUCUGAGCUCAGGUCAAUGGACAGCCAUGUCUGGUCAGUAUGGGAACAACAAAGGCUCUCUGUUGACUGCUGUGGUCAGAGGGGACUCGGUGUUCACUCUCAGCAGACACGUGACCACGGAGUACACCAUCGAGAGUCACAAGUGGAAGCCGAAGCAUGAGAUGAAAGGUUUUGGCAGGAUUGGCUCUAUAUAUACAUUUCUAAUGAGGCUGCCUAAAGUCACUGUGUCCCUCACAGGGAAUUAUCAGGAUGUGAAUCAGGACCAAAAUCUCAGAGAGUUCAGUGUCUGUACUAGAAUUUCGCUGUAAUGCUCUUGUAAUCUGUGGGAACUUGUUGCUGUUACUUACACAUCGAUCUCAUUGUGUUGGAUCUGUUUCAAAGUCCAAAGAGAAACAUCAUAGAAGUUUCAAAUAAAACCCCAGAUAAGACAGCUACAUCUGGAAAAAAUAGAACAAUACAAAAAAUAAAUCAAAAAAUGAUUUAAAAAAAUGAUUACCCAAACCAAUUGCUUUGUCCAAUGGCCUGCUGUACUGACUAGCUUUCCUAUACAAACUGCAUAUGCUGCCCACAUUGCAGCUGCUUCACUUGAAGAUUUACCUCCAGAGAAGAGAUUCAAUCCACCUGAAAUGUUAGCUGGCCAUGAUCUGAUUCUGAUUAUCUGUCAGAUCAUACAUCUCACAGUGUUUGUACAUCACAGCAGUUGUUGGGUAACUGAUAGAAAUGAGAGACAAAACUGUGAAAAUAAGCUGUAAUAAAACAGAAUGAUCUAUUCUAGUGAUGUGAAGAGUUAAGGUUAACAUGUUCAGUUGAUAUUUACUAAAGCUUUGUAUUUUUGGUUACCAGGUCUCGAUGGACACUGUUCUUAUUUUCAUGGAAAGCAAUCCUUGGAUUCAUGCUGUUAACAUAAAAAAGCAAAACACUGCCUCGGCAUAAAUUCAUAUCACAACUUUAAUGAAUCUGUUCACAUUUACAACAGCUAAUCACAUUACUUCAGCUAUACAGUUAACAUGAAUUUGGUCAAGUGUUACGAAAUCUGAAUGUAAUAAGCACUUUCAGGUCAGGAAUGAGUAAAAUGUUAUUGAACACAUAAAUAAAAAUGUGCAAUACGAGCACAUCAUUGCUAUCAUCAUCAUAUGAGCAAAACACUGCCACUCUCUGCCUCCAGCUACAAUGAUGCGUGUUUUCAUGUGGUUUCAUCCUGAACAUCAUAUGUUUCUGUAGUAUAAACAGACUUUAGGUUGCGGUCUAAUUGUCCGCAGUAAUUCAGUGAUAAACAGUGUGUUUGUUUGUGUGUGUAUUUUGUGUUGUGAUGAUGUGCUGUCAGCCCAUACGCAUCAUGAGCUCCUCAAGGGCCCGUUCUCUGUGGUUUUCGUGGACCAGCAGCACCUCCUUAAUGGCGUUCUGCUGGAAGCCCAUCUCAUUGAACUGAUUGAGCAGCUGAAGGAACUCCUCCGCCUCAACAGGAAGAAAGCAUUGCAUCUUUAUACAUUCUUUUAAUUGAAUUGGAUUUAUCAGAGGAAAAGUGAGAAGAACAAAGGCUCACGUGAAGUUGUAGCUCGUUGUACGUCUUACCUUGGUUUCACAAUUUUGAAACAUUUCCAGAGCCUCUUCGACCUGAGCCAUGUCAUAACCUAGCUGACACAGGUGGUCACAUGCCACCAGGUAGCUCAACAUCUGCAGACAUACACAGAAAUAUUCAUUCAUACAGGAACACAAGGAGAAAAGUGGACAAAUAAAAUCUACAUAUUACCAAUCAGUCAAUCUGAAAAAAUACAGCGAACAAACUGACUUAUUGAGGUUAAUAAUAACACUGACUUGGGCCACUAACCCUUCUGGCAGUGAUGAAAGAAGUAUUUAGAUUCUGUAAAAACACUCCAUUACAACUACUGAUUUUAAAAUGUUUCUUUAAGUAACAGUAAGUAUAAAAAUGACACAAAAUCAUCCUGAAUAUGAAUCAUAUUUCAAAAUGGCUGCGUUCCGUGGGUCUCCAUUUUCAUGCCUUCAGACUUUUGCAGAGCAUUUUGAUAGCUUUUGAUCACCUAUGCCUGGUGUACAUCCUGGACAAUUUUCAGCUCUCUCAGGGUUAGCCUGUUUGAGUUUCAGCUUUUAAAAAAUGCCUAAAAACGACACAAAAUUGUCCAGAAUAUGAAUCAUAAUUAAAAAUGGCCGACUUCCUGUUGGGUUUUGGGUAUUGGUGCAAGAGGCUUUUUUGUGCGUCCUGACGAGUUACAUAUGUGUGCCGAAUUUCGUAGCUUUAGGUGAAACGAAGUCCGGGGGCUGAAUUUUCAUAAUAUUCCAGGGGGCGCUAUUGUGCAAUUUUGACACACACGCGUGUCAUUCCCCUAAAAUAUCAAAUUUUUCGCAGGUCCUGGCAUGUGUGCCAAUUUUCAUGCCUUUUAGAGUAUUUUUAGGGUGUCAAAAGCAUUUCUUCCAUCCGAAGAAAAAAGUAUAAUAAAAAACAUAUUUUAUACUUUAAUUUAUAAUAUCUGAAUUCAUAAGAUAUUAUAUGUAUAUAUGUCUGAUAAAAGCAGUCCAUAAAUAUUUCUAAGUAAAAUGUAAUGGAGUGGAAGUUUAAAGUGGAUUGAAAAGAAAAUACUUGUUCUUGGCUACUUUCCACCACUGCUCUCUGAGGGCUGAAGAGCAUUUUAACUUGUUUCUCUGUACAGCAUUACAGCUUUAAUAUCAAUUUCUUUUAGUCCGCAGUCUCAGUUUUUCUCUCUGAGAGGAAUCUAAUAGGCUCAAAGCACACUGACGUAUAGCGAACGCACAGGACAUACAUUAAUAUAUUCAGUAUUUUCUAAUACAGUAAUUACUUUGCUGACAGAUCAGCUUGUUUUGACUGACAAGGAGGGAAAGACAGAGAGACAGAUCUGAAGACAGACUAUAAACACUAUUUGUCAGAAUAAAUAUGAAUAGUGCUGCAGCAAAUGCCGUAGCAAUAAUAAAUUUCCCCUCAUGUAUCUUCAGCUAAAUAUUAUAAGUAGAUGCUUUAAAUAGUCACUGUGGAGUAAAUGUUUCUGAACUUUAGAGCACUUAAUUAAAAGGAGACAGUUAUUUUAAUCAAACACUUGUCUCCUCCUAUCUUCUCAUGUUGAACUUCAUGGAUCUGUUAUGUUUCUCAUCAACUCUGUCUUGUCGUUUGUGUGGGAAAACACAGUAAGCUGCGGAGGUCUUAGCUCUAUUUGUAGUCUGGCUUAAGGUGGCUUAGAAUAGUGUAUUUCUGUGACACCGACCUGAUCUGGGGUCUGCUGUCCUGUCCUUUGUAAGGCAAUGAUGGCAGUAUGGAGGGUGUAGCCCCGAGCAGUGACGGCCCCCAAUAGCUCUCUCUCCUCUGGGCUCAGAGCUGAUAGGAGCUCUACGGAUGAGUCCACAGUAGGGAUGUUUGUUCUGGAGUCUGGUCUGAGCGACUUCUAAGAAGAAGAAGACUGUAGUGAGUGUACAGUAUGUGAUUAUUGGAAAUAAAAAGGACAGAGUCAGGCACUUUCAUGUGAUUUAAAUGGCUCAGAUUCUCUGGAACGCUAACAGCAGGUUGAAACAUUGAAGUCCUGACAUGCACUUUUCCUGCGAAAGACAGAACACCCACACUAAUCCUGAUGAACCUCUUAUAACCUGUCUGGAUUCGGGGAGCAGACUUUACACAGCUUAUUUUUAAAGUGAUGAUCUCUGAAAACAUUUUGGAAAUGUGAUCUGAAAAAAAAAAACUAGAUGGUGUGCACUGAUUUCCACUUCCAACAAACCCAGUGUUGACUCUCAUACAAGAAUUGAAGGAUAUUUAAAGACGUGAGAGAAACUGAGUCCUCAGUGAUUAAAUUUAUACUAAUGUGAAUAAAAAUAGUCAAAGUGCUGUGUUACUCAAUGAGGGGAUUUAUGGUGAGUGCGUCUGUUCCUGGUUGGAUGUGCAGGUUUAUCAGGAGAAGGUAAUACCCUGAGCUUUACACUGUAUUCAUAGUCACUCCUGGGAAGCAGAGUGGGAGCUAUCUAUACUACACAGCACAGCAGAAACUCUCCUUUAGCUGGAUCCUCUCACUCAUGAGGUCACAUGAAUGAAGAUUCCAAAGGCCUUUAAAGCAUGUUGUGAAUCAGGACGUUGAAAACAUGCAACUUGACCGUUUCUAAACACAGUGUGCUGAAUAACAGGUGAAACUCUGCAGAAUGUAUCACUCUUGAGUGACUUUGUAUAUUUUACAGUUUGGUAAUCAGUUGUACUGGUCAGGCCCCCAGCUGUCACAUCUUCAUUCUCUUGUUCUUUACUUACUAACAAAACCAUUUAAAACCACUAAGCAGCUGAGAUUACUGAAUUCUUGUCCCCAUCAUCAUGGAAACAGUUUUUAUUACUUAACUGUGUAUUGUUGAAUAGUUUUUCUGUGUGAGUAGCAUAAAAUGAUGACAUCUGUAAUUUCAUGAUAUGAGCUUGUGAUGCAUGAUGCUAAUUAAACUGAAUCUUUAAUUAAAAAUCUACAUCUGAACAGUUCAUACUCAAAGAGACAGUGAUGCUGAUUAGAAUAUUUAUUUCACUUUCCCGAUUUUAGCUGCAGCAGCUGUGUUGUUUUUAGGCUUAAUGCAUUUUAAACUCUACAUGUUGGUUCAGAAUUAGUUUGUCCUUUUGGUGAGAAAUAUAUUAAGUUUACAGCCCUCUGCACGAUAUGAGAGUCAGCCUACUUGGUGCUUUGAAUCAUUUUUAAUUUUUUCAUCAUUACUACUCCUAAUAAUUUGCCAGUGGUAUCAAUAAGCCCGUUAACAUUCACACAGUCUGCAGUUUUUUUCAGUUUUCCCUCCUGCUUUGGCUGCAGCAGCCUCUUAUUUCUCUAAUAUUACAGUUUGUUCUUCUAUUGUAGAAUAUGUUUAGUCCACAAGCAUUGUGGUUUGUUCAGUUUCCCUUGUUGCAUUAACCUCCAUUCUCCCUCCCCGAUCUCUUUGUUAGUUGAUAUAAUAUCUAGUUAAUCCUGCUAGUUUAGCUCUUUAUAUUCUUUAAUUUGAUGGUAAUAAACUCUAUAAUAAACCUGUACCAGUCUGCUUUGGAUUUGUGUUUGUCUGGGUUCUAUGUGGGAGAAUACAGUUUGACAUAUGGUUCAAUCAAAAGUAUGAAAGUAAACAAACUGCAACACUCUUUCAGGAACUGUUUUAAAACCUUGACACCUAUUGUCGCAAAUUCGCAACAUACCACUUUCAUUCAGACUGUAGCCGAGAUGUUGAAUCCAUUCCCCCAAUGCCGGUUUGUGCAUAUUCAAUACGUACCUCGGAAAACUUUUGCAAGCACUGGUUUCUCAUAGGACCAGUCGGAGUGAGACCUAAUUAUUAUAUGUCUAUUAUUAUUGUUAGAUAUCUGUUCUAUGUGUAAUAGAUGAAUUAAUCUCCACUCAUCUGAGCAUCAGCUGGAAAGCCAAAACACGCAAAAAAAUUUUUUUUUAAAUUUAAUUGUCAAUAAAUUGAGGCGUCAAGGGGUUAAAACCUAGUCUGGAUCUCAGUGAUCCUCUCCAAAAUGUCCAGCUGCUCAUUAAAGCUAGAAGUUUGCUGCUUGGAUUACAGCUUGUUCCCUGACAUUAACAUGUUUGUCAGCCUACCUUACAUGCUGUGUUGUGGUUAUUGAUGGUGGGGAGCCUGUCGACAGUAUUGGCUCUGAUGUUGGGAGUUCUCCUGUCAAGGCUUCCGUUUAAUGAGGGACUCUUGGACUGGCUGUCUGUGUUGGGAUCUCGUUGCGUGGACACGCUGAGCACCGAGAGGGAACGCUGACGCAGGUUUUUCCUGCGUUGGUGUGGCAGGCUACUCAGACAGGCUGGUGGGUUCAGCAGGUCAGGGACAAAGGCUCGCUGUGCUUUCCUCUGACCAUGCUGAUGUGGAACAGCAGGGUGUUCCUCCCCCACUUGCACACAUGUCUUGGUUUUCUGUGAAGUGCCCUCUCUUUUAUCGUCAGAGUUUGACAACUUGGUGCGCAGGACAGCGGGAUUGAGGCUGUGGGAGCGCUGUCGAGGGUUGGGCUCCCAGUAGUCAGAGCAGUGCCGGCUGGCCAUGCGACUCUGCUGUGGGCUGUAGAACAUCAUCCAGUAUGGUGGACAAGAUGGCAGCAGUCCUAAUGAAGAGGAGGGCUGAGGCCGGUGUUGGCUGAUGAAGCCACUCUGCAACCCAGUUAUCACCCAGUUCUCCAGACUGAAGUCAUACUAUCACAUGGACAGACAACAUGUUAGUCACAUAAACAACUCCCUUAUGUCUUUACACCCAGCUACUCUUUAUUCUUCUGUAAUGAUAUAGUCAAAUACUCUUGAGAUUUUCUUUGAGUCACAGCUCACCUGUCUGAUGUAAGACAUGUAGAUCUACACAGUCUUAUAGGUCUUAUUAGGUCUUGGUCUGAACUGAUCUGCUCUC